GUGGGAGUUCCACAGGCCGCCCAACCUGUGAUUUAACCCAGAGAUAGUAAACAGUUUCUAUAGGUUUCAAAACCUUAGCGUGAAUAUAACUCACGAACAGCUCAUUUUAAACGUUGAUAACGAUGUAUAUUACUGGAAUAGUUUUCGUUUUGUCGUGUUUGGUACUAGGAGUUCCGGCUCGUGGAGGGACUUUUAUGUGUCGAACCUGCCAUAACGUCAAGGACCCCAGUAGCUGCACAACUUUUGAGAGGUGCCACGAACACGAAUCGUGUGUAACACAAGUGCAUAGCAUGAACAAUGAGUAUGUCUUCACCAAAAGUUGCAAGGAGUCACAUCAUACUUGUGAUCAUAAUCAGGACCUCCUCCUUGGAAAAAGGCAAGGGCCGCACCAUGAGCACGGUCAACUCGUGUGUCAGAAAUGCUGCCACACUUCGGGAUGUGGCAGUGACCUAUGUUCGACAUAUUUUACUGCAGCAAAUACGCAUGCCCCGGCGACCACGAUUUCAGUAGUCGAUAGUGCAUGUAGAGACUACGAGAGCGCCACAUUCCAGUGCGCUGAAUUAGAAAAGUACAAUUUCUGCACAGACACCUCUAGCGUAGGGUAUGCUAUCGCGCACGAUAAAUGUGCGAAACAUUGUGGUUUCUGCAGCCCAUAUUGGACGGUGAGCCAUGUAACAAUGGCACCAACUACUACAACAACACAUCUUCCACCCGUAACAAUGAAACCAACUACCACAAUGUCUAGCGACUUCUCAACUACCAUGGUUGGCGGUAUCUCUCCUGUGGUUGUUAACGUCAACAUCACGGCGACGAUUUCCUCUGGCGAUUGCGCUGAUAAUGAUGAUCCUACAUUAACUUGUGCUGACAUGCAGAGGUUUGGAUUUUGCUCCUCGGACUCUGGAGCUGGUUACACGUUUGCGAAGGAAAGAUGUAGAAAAACAUGUCAGUUCUGUUAGGAGAAAACUAGACCAUUUACAAGAAUAUUUUCUGUGUUCGUUGUCAACCGAAUUUAAAAAUAAAAUUGUGGAACAGUU